AUGGGAGACAUGGGGGAUCCACCGAAAAAAAAACGGCUGGUGUCUCUGUGUGUGGGCUGUGGAAACCAGAUCCACGACCAGUACAUCCUGCGGGUCUCCCCGGAUUUGGAGUGGCAUGCCGCCUGUCUCAAAUGCGCCGAGUGCAGUCAAUACUUGGACGAGUCAUGCACGUGCUUCGUCCGGGACGGCAAAACGUACUGUAAACGGGACUAUAUCAGAUUAUACGGGAUUAAAUGCGCAAAGUGCAACAUCGGUUUCAGCAAGAACGACUUUGUAAUGAGGGCCCGAUCCAAAGUCUAUCACAUCGAAUGUUUCCGCUGCGUGGCCUGCAGCAGGCAGCUCAUCCCGGGUGACGAAUUCGCUUUGCGCGAAGACGGCCUUUUCUGCCGGGCCGACCACGACGUGGUGGAGCGGGCCACACUGGGCCACGGAGACCCGCUCAGUCCACUGCACCCCGCCAGGCCGCUGCAAAUGGCAGCAGAACCCAUCUCCGCACGGCAGUCUGCACUUCGGCCACACAUCCACAAACAGCCCGAGAAGACGACUCGGGUUCGGACAGUACUAAAUGAGAAGCAGCUCCACACGUUGCGAACUUGCUACAACGCCAACCCGAGGCCCGACGCUCUGAUGAAGGAGCAGCUGGUGGAGAUGACGGGCCUUAGCCCGCGCGUCAUCCGAGUCUGGUUCCAGAACAAGCGCUGCAAAGAUAAGAAGAGGAGCAUUCUGAUGAAGCAGCUUCAGCAACAGCAGCCAAAUGACAAAACGAAUAUCCAGGGAAUGACAGGCACCCCGAUGGUGGCGGCCAGUCCGGAGCGGCACGACGGCGGCAUCCAAGCCAACCCGGUGGAGGUGCAGAGCUACCAGCCGCCCUGGAAGGUCCUCAGCGACUUUGCUCUGCAGAGCGACAUCGACCAGCCCGCGUUUCAGCAACUGGUUAGUUUUUCAGAGGGUGGCCCAGGUUCCAACUCCACUGGCAGCGAGGUAGCGUCCAUGUCAUCUCAGCUUCCAGACACACCGAACAGCAUGGUGUCCAGUCCCAUCGAGGCCUGA